AAGCACCCACCUUACCUUUCAGCAGCAGAAGCGGAUGAGUCUGCAGCAUGAAUCUCUUAAAUGGGCGGUGCUGGGUUACUGGGACUCUUGGCCCAAGCUGCUUGAAGGCUGGUCAGGGGCGUGGGUUUCCCCUCCAGCAGCACCAAAACAUAGCAAAAAGGGCUCUCUGACAUGCACUUGAGAUAAGAACAAUUAGCUUCCCAGUGAGUGUCCUCGCUAGGAUAACGGUGCGACAACUGCCAUCAACAUGUUCCUCCCAUCACUCCCCUGCUCUCACCCUAUAGAUGUGUACCUGCUGCUUACCUGCAUGAUGAUCAUGAUGAACAAUGUCUCCUCUUCCCCCCAAAUUGGAGAAAGGAGACCUUUCCCUGUGCCCAGGUCCCCAGGUGUGAAAGGAAGGACACUGAUUCUCCUUGAUGUCAAUACCAAGAACCCUAUCAGGACUGUCAGUGAGAACUUCCUCUCUGUCCAGCUGGACCCCUCUAUCAUCCGUGAUGGCUGGCUGGACUUUCUAAGUUCUAAAAGGCUUGUGACUCUUGCCCGAGGUCUGGCCCCUGCUUUCCUGAGGUUUGGUGGCAGAAGAACAGAUUUCUUACAGUUUCAGAACAUCAAGAACCCGGCAAAGAGAGGACCUGGGCCUGACAACUAUCUGAAAAACUAUGAGGACGAUAUUGUUCGCAGUGAUAUCUCUCUUGACAAACAGAAGGGAUGCAAAAUAGCACAGCAUCCAGACACCAUGCUGGAGCUGCAGAGGGAGAAGGCAGCACAGAUGCAUCUGGUUUUACUGAAAGAACAAUUCUCAAACACCUAUAGUAACCUGACACUAACAGGACGCUUGAGUGGUUCUUAUCCUCAGAAGUGGAAAUAAAAAGAACAGGAAUACGACUAAUAGUGUAGUAUGUAUUUCGUAAUCAAUAUCCUUAGCUUCUAGAAGUGAUUCUGGGGAUUAUACUGUACAUAAACCAGUGAAGGAGAAUGAUGGGCAUACCCAGCUCACAUAAAAAAGUGCGUGGAUGAAGAUAUCUUUUGAAGUGGCCUUACUCCAAAAAUGAUAAGAGUGGGGAUAACUUUGUGCGUACCGUACUCACGUUAAAACGUGAUAUGUUUCUCAUAUAAAGGUAUCUUUGGUA